GCGGGGCCGAUUCCCAGACUUCUGAAAGUUGCUUUCCAGGAUCACCAACUUAUCUAUAACCAAUCCUGUCAAGAUGGAGAAUGGUGCACCUUCUGAAGGGAAAGAUCCUUCGGCUUUCCUUGGCGAAAUAUUAGGUGCUCCAGUGACCAUUAAAUUGAACUCUGGUGUUGUUUAUAAAGGUGAACUGCAGUCUGUAGAUGGCUACAUGAACAUAGCUUUGGAGAAAUCCGAAGAGUUCGUGAAUGGUCGGUUAACACGAAGCUAUGGUGAUGCUUUCAUCCGCGGCAAUAAUGUGCUGUACAUAUCCGCAGAUUGACGAAUUAAGCCUUUAUCACCUCGAUCCUCCGAAGGGGAUUUUCGGGUCCUUCAUUCAAUCCAACGAGUUUUGGGGGACCAUCGCCUUACUCGACCCUCGCGGUGGGGGAACCAUGAAGGAAAGGAAUCACAGUGGUAAUGAAUUGAAGGCUGGAGAAUUGGGUUCGGGCUUGAAGGCCAGUGCAACUUCUGUACGGACAGGGUAAAUCCUACACCUCUCCAGGCUCCUUAAUACAGUGCCCGAUGGAGAUUAGCGAAUCAAGUUCAAUAGGUUCAGAGAAUUAGGUCGAAGACCAAGAAUUAUCAACUAACACGGCCUCUGGUGCACCUCUUCAUUACAUAAGAGAGUCACUAGAAGUAGGUGGAGACGG